AACCCCGUCCUUUCGUCGGUAAUAUCGGCGACGCGUGGAGAGAGCGCUAUCUAUUUUGGUGACCCGUUCUCGGCUUGAUUUGACCAAGUCUAGCCUCGUUGUCUCCUGGUGAUAUUUCACGCGAGAUGCCCGCGCAGCGCCCCUGUGCUGCCUUUGAGCCUCUGCCACCGGACCUUGACGUUACGGCGCUCGUCGAGUCUACGCCGAACUUUGAGUUCGCGGUUCGCAUCCAUUGCGACGCGAUCGAUGAACAAGGACUGGAAAAUUUCGAGAAGCUAGUGCUUUUGCAUGUGGUUCUAGGAGGGAAACCGCUGGUCAUAGAGGGGUACGAAGACCGGUUGGACAAAUGGACUUUCUCAGAGCAAUGGCUGAGAGACAACCAUUCCGCGAAGACCGAGAUCGCGCGAGAUCUGUCGAGCAAGUCAAAUAUCCCCAUGACUAUUGGCCACUAUCUAAACAACCUUCCGUUUUUGACCGAACAGUGGAAUGCGCAUAACUACAAAGACCCUAAGCGCCAGCGAGUCUAUCUGAAAGACAUCGACUGCCCUCCUGUCUGGCACGAUAAGCUUAGGGAGCUCAUCCCUCCGUUGCUAUUCUACUUCAAUGAAUCGACUGGAGAUGCUGGCGGGCCGGGAGCAAAGCUGGAACCAAAUCCGCACGGCGCUGGGACAAGGCUGGGAAAAGGGAUCGCAAAGGCAGGAGACUUAAUGAGCAGUCUUCGACCAGAAAUGCGGGCAGACAACCUAAUGUGUUAUAUUGGUCAUGAAGGUACUUACACCCCAGCGCACCGGGAGAUGUGUGCCAGCCUCGGCCACAAUAUAAUGGUCGAGGCUUCCACUGGCCUCGUAGAACACGGGAAACCGACAAAACGAGGCAGCUCUAUCUGGUUCAUGACUGAAAGCAAAGACCGUCACCUUGUCUCAGAGUAUUGGUUAUCUACUCUCGGGCACGACAUCGAGAUUGAAAAGCAUUUUGCUCAAAUCAACGCAUGGAAGGCGGCUCCCUUCAAGACAUAUGUUGUUGAGCAGAAACCUGGUGACUUCAUCCUUAUCCCCCCGCUCGCGCCACAUCAGGUUUGGAACAGGGGAACUAGGACGAUGAAGGUAGCUUGGAAUCGCACCACCGUCGAGACCCUGGAAUUGGCCCUGACUGAAGCUCUCCCGCGAGCAAGGAUGGUGUGUCGUGACGAACAAUAUAAGAACAAAGCUAUCAUUUUCUUCUCUCUUGACAAAUACUCGAAAUUGCUUCGCCAAGUGCAGGAACGCAACCUCAGCGGUCCCAAGAUACGUCAGUUGCAGAAAGACUUUCGACGGUUACUUGCACUCUAUACGAGGAUCCUCCUAUCGGAGAGUUUCUCCAUUGAGCGACCGGAGGAGAGGAACAUUCAGUUUCUCCCUUAUGACAGCUAUGUCACAUGUUCAUACUGCAGGUGUAACAUUUUCAACCGGUUUCUGACUUGUCCCUCUUGCGUUGGCAAACUCCCCUCUGGUGAGGAAGAUAAUUACGAUGUUUGCAUGGAAUGUUAUGCUAUGGGCAGGAGCUGCGCUUGCAUUUCAAAAUUGAAGUGGGUGCAACAAUUUCGUUGGAAAGAACUCGUGGAGAAGCAUGAACUGUGGAGAAAGCAGAUAAUCAAUCUAAGUGGCCUCACAGACGAUGCGAUCAAGUCUUUCCACCAAGAAAGGAAAGACAUUCACGAUGCAGAUAUACGGACCCUGGCAGAGGUCUGUCAGGAGGAGCUGCGGAAACGACCCUGGGUCGACGUCACGAAACCAAAGACCGUGGAAGAACCAGAGGAGGACCCCAUUGAUGUCGACGAUGAGGGUAGACCUCGAAAACGGAAGAAGACUCGUUCUGAGAAAGAGCCUAAGGGAAAACGUACAUGUCAUACUUGCAGGUAUCCUGAAGCAACAUGGAAACUUGCUACUUGUGAGAAAUGCAAAACGAGCUACUGUUAUGGAAGUUUGUUCAGAGCUUUCGACAUCAUGCCACAGCAGGUUAUGGAGAACCGGAAGUGGCAAUGCCCGAAGUGUCAGAAGAUCUGCAGCUGUGCAGCUUGCCGGAGGGAUCCUACGGUGACUCCUUUCGAGCCUAAGGGUACCUUGCUGGGACAUGACACUAGGAAGAUAGCCGAUCCCCGGAGCGUGGAGAGCUUAGUGGACUUCAGUCAUUCUAAUAUUGUAUGGCUCAAAAAGGCUGGUGAUGGCGAUUUCCAUAACAGUCGUCGUCUUCAAAGACGUCUGGAAGAAGCGGAAAUGCUGAAAUUAGACCAACCGGUUCUUGGUGAAGAUUAUGUCGAGCCUACACGUCCAAGUUUGGAAGAUGCGGCAGAUCAUGGAGGAAUCCCUGUUGAUCCAGCAUUGGCACCAGGCACUCGAGGGAAUGACGGAACUAAUAUCCCCAUAGAUCCGGCCCUGGGUGGUGGGUCAGAAGAGCCUCAGUUCUUCGUUCCGAAGAAUGGUAUUCUCAGAGAGGGCAUGAGAGACGAAUAUGAAGAAACCGAAGCUAUAACGUUUGAGUAUCCGGACCCCGAAGGGCCAUCAAUCGCACCAGACGCGUCCCAACAGACACCUUGGCAACCGCUAUCUGAAAUAGCGGAAAACUCGCACGAUCCCCGCACCGAAGCAAGUUCGACAGUAGACGGCAACGGCAACGGUAAGAAACGAAAGCGAGCCAGCGAACACAUCAAAGUGCAGAACGGCUUCAACAUGAUUUACGACGGACCGGGUGAUGCUGCGCCAAGCAGAGGGAAGUCUUCGUCAUCCAAGAAAACUGGUUCCAAACAGAAGAGAUCAGAUAAGCCAGCGGAGCAGGAUCAGGUCUCCACAGCGAUUGAAGCGGUAAGGAUGCUUGAGGAUUCCGUCGUGGUUAUGUCCGACGUUUUGAGCCACGACCAGCAGCCUUUCUCCCUGAAACCCGAAACCCAAGGGCGAAGGCGUAGGACUCGUAGUGGUGAGGACGAUGACGAGUUCACUCCCGUGAGACGUGACAGACGCCGUUCCCAGAAGCCAGUGGAGGAGUCUAUCAUCAUCCAGAAGAAGAGAAACCCGCCCCGUGCAACCAAAAACCGGGCAGCUCCGCCAGCAGCGCCGCCAGUCGAGAUUGAUGACUUGCGCAGCGACGAUAGUGACGAGGAAAUUCAGCCAGACACCGUUAACCCGGAGUCUCUAACGUAUCGGCCUUCCCCGCCGUCAGGAGCUUCCAAUGAUUCAGACGGAUCUGCGGAUGAUGUUGCAUAUCCUGUAGCAGUCGACGAACCUAGCCCAGUGAAGCGGGUGCAUCUUACGGAAGCUGAAGAGAACCGCAGAGCCAAGCUCCUGGCCAUGCAAUGGGCUGAAGGCCAAUUCGAUGAUCUAGAGGAGGAAUGGAGCUCGCCUGACGAGAGGCCCGAUCCUGUCUUCCCGAACGGAGGGCCAACGGCACUGAGCUCUUCUGCACAUCUACCGGGCAAGAAAGGGGCGUCGGGAACCAAUCUUACGCCACGCGCUAAUAAACGAGGAGGAAGGUCAUCAAAAUGAUCUCACGUUAAACUUUAGGAAUUGGAUGUAGGGAGCACAUAGAUUCUCAUCAUAUCACCUGUGGUGAUAGUCGUGCGAUUGUUAGUUACAGCUAUCCAUUGAGUAAU